UUAUAACAUAAACCACUCCCACUCGUCCAUGCAUCUUCUCUUUCAACUCUUCGUCCCUUUUGCUCUCUGUGCGAGAAGGACACCCUCCCAAAGUUCGUUCUCGCUGCUUGUAGGUUGAUUUCCUGAUUCACUCAGUCACCGCUGUUCUAGAUGUCUGAAAACAUGGAGCAGUUCUUGGAGCUGUCAGUGUCUCCCCUGAUUCCGUCGCUUCCAGACGACGUCACCGUUGAUAUCGUGGCUCGUGUGCCCAGAAGCCACUACCCGACACUCUCCCUCGUCUCCAAGAAGUUCAGGAAACUCAUUGCCUCGCCUAAGCUCUACAAGAGGCGAUCUCAGCUAGGCAUCACCCAACACUGUCUCUACGCUCUUCUCCGCAACCGCGACACGGGUGACUGCCGUUUCUACAUCCUCCACCGAAAACUCAACAGCAGUAACCGCUUGGUCAUCGUCCGAUCACUUUCUCCCGUGUCUUACCGUGGAAGCUUUGUCUCGGUGGGUUCGAAGGUGUACGUGUUCAACGAUGUCGAUGCCCUCUGCAUUGACUGUGCCUCCCACACGGCGCAGCCCAUCCCUGACAUGCCUCAGCGCAUCUCGGCAACUCCCAUGCCUAGUAGAGUUGCUAAUGUCAUCGACGGGAAGGUUUACCUGAUCGGUGAUUCCCGUUUCACUUUUGAUCGUGGGGUGUCGUGGAGGAAAACAGUGAUGGUGCUUGAUGCAGAAACGCAGACGUGGGAGCCUGUGAUUAGAAAAGAAGACAUGCGGGUUGGUCCUCUUUGGUCUGAUGCGGUGGUGAUGGAGGAUAAGAUUUGCAUGAGAGGUAUUAGGGAGAGCUAUUCUAUUGUUUACGACCCAAAGGAAAACAAGUGGGAGAUGAACGAGGUGUUGAACUCUAAGGACUGGGAGGGUGGGUGUGUCGUUGAUGAUGUCCUCUACUAUCUUGAUUGCUCUGACAAGGCGUUAAGGGCGUAUGAUCCAAAGCAGAGCCGCUGGAGUGUUGUCUACGGUUUGGAUGAGUUUUUGGCGGCUGAGACUACCCAAUCAAAGUGGGCCAAUGCGGUGAAGUGCGGUGAGAAGAAGUUGGCGCUCUUCUUUCUUAAAACACAUGACGGCAAGAAGGUCAUUUGCUGCGCGGAGAUCGCUUUGGAAAGGCGCCAAGGUGGAGAGAUUUGGGGUAAGAUGGAGUCGUUUGAUGCUGUCAUCGAGGAUGGUGGGCUGUUUGACGUGAUGAAAUGUGUAGCUGUUACGGUUUGAUGCAGCAUGAACUCUAUUUAGGUCUUUCAUAUUUUCAUUUAUCCUAAAUGCCAUUUCGUGUGGUUGUAAUUUCACUUAUCCUAAAUGCCAUCUCGUGUGGUUGUAAGACUUGUGCUGUGUUCAGUUAAAUUUGCUAUGUUUUAAUCUUGAAUCGUUUCCUUAGA